ACCCCUACACUAUUUAAAAUUACUGUUAUUCUAUUGAUCAUCCGAGGGAUGAGUCAUCGCGCAUCUUCCCUCCUUUUUCUAUGAAAACCCCGCUCGAACGCUUAAAGCACGAUUCCAAUACCAAGAUUCUCUCCAGAAUCCGGCUUCGAUAUCCUCUCCGCCAUCAGUUUCUCUUUCCCUCAAUUCAAACUUUUUGGCGCCAAAAAAGCCAUGAAACUCGAUAAUUUUGACGGCCAGAUUUGCACACUUAUCAUGCCGUCAGCGGCUGAUAAUACGCCACCUCCGGCUAAGUGUUCUGCGACCGGAGUAGACUCCGAGAAUGAUCGAGACGGAGAGGACCUGUUUGUGCCGCCUCUGAACUUCGCCAUGGUCGAUAUUGGCAUCUUUAGAUCUGGUUUCCCUGAUUCUGCCAACUUCGGCUUCUUGGAAUCCCUAGGUCUCCGUUCUAUCGUAUAUUUGUGCCCUGAACCAUAUCCAGAGGCCAAUUAUGAGUUUUUGAAGGCCAAUGGGAUUAGACUUUUUCAGUUCGGAAUUGAAAUGUGCAAGGAGCCUUUUGUCAACAUUCCUGAGGAAACCAUCCGCAAAGCAUUGAAAGUAGUCCUUGACGUAAGAAACCACCCUGUCCUGAUUCAUUGCAAGCGGGGGAAGCACCGGACUGGUUGCCUUGUGGGCUGCUUGAGAAAAUUGCAAAGAUGGUACCUGUCAUCCAUAUUUGAUGAGUACCAGAGGUUUGCUGCAGCAAAAGCUAGAGUUUCUGAUCAAAGGUUUAUAGAGAUGUUUGACAUUUCGAGCUUGAAGAACACACCAACGACACUUUCAUGCUCGAGGAGAUGACAGGAGUCGGGACCAAGACUUUCUGAAAGGCAUUAGAGUUAAUAGUUUAAGAUUUUCUAAUAGGUUAGUCGCCGUGAAUGUUAUGGUGAACCAUCCUCUUGUUACUUCCUUUUUAUUAGCCCUUCGAGCGGACAGGUGGAUACCGUAUAGUUGCUGGUGUCAUAGACCGAAUUCACUUGAGUUUAAAGAAUCAUGUAGAGAGCCCAUUUUAUUUUCUAGGCUUUUGUUUAAUCAAUCUUUUUUUUUUU